AUGCCUUCUGGAUCAAACAUGAAUGACCUGCUGAAGGUGCCCCUGGUGCAUGUCCUCACCCUGGCAGCCCUCAGCUUGGCUGAAACACUUCUGAAAGCACCCUUGAUCAGCACUCCUYUGGAAACAGUGGAUGCACUGGUAGAAGACGUUGCCAAAUUUGUCUGUGUAGUGGAGUCGUAUCCUGAGCCAGAGAUCACCUGGACGCGCAACAGCAUUCCCAUCAGGCUGUUUGACACACGGUACAGCAUCCAGAGGAACGGGCAGCUGCUGACCAUCCUGAGCGUGGAGGACAGUGACGAUGGGGUGUACUGCUGCACGGCAGACAACGGGGUUGGAGCAGCUGCGCAGAGCUGCGGGGCUCUCCAGGUGAAAAUGCGACCCAAAAUAACCCGUCCACCAAUAAAUGUGGAAAUAAUAGAAGGGUUAAAGGCUGUUCUUCCAUGCACUACAAUGGGGAAUCCGAAACCUUCUGUUUCAUGGAUCAAGGGAGAAACAAUUGUAAAGGAAAAUGCCCGCAUUGCUGUCCUGGAUUCUGGGAAUUUAAGGAUACACAAUGUUCAGAGAGAAGAUGCAGGACAGUAUCGUUGUGUAGCCAAGAAUAGUUUGGGCACAGCCUAUUCCAAACCUGCAACUGUGGUCGUGGAAGUGUUUGCCAGAAUCCUUAAGGCUCCUGAAUCCCAAAAUAUCACCUUUGGAUCCGUGGUGACGUUGCGGUGCASAGCAACUGGCCAUCCAGUCCCUACUGUCACCUGGCUGGAAAAUGGGAAAGCUGUUUCUGCAGGGUCUGUAACAGAAAGUGUCCAGGACAGAGUGGUUGAUUCCAGACUGCAAGUGUAUGUCACCCGACCUGGUCUGUUCACUUGCCUUGCCACCAACAAACACAGCAAAACUUUUGGAGCCGCAAAAGCAGCAGCAACCAUCAGCAUUUCAGAAUGGAGCAAGCUGUACAAGGGUGACGCAGGUUACUGCAGCACGUACAGAGGUGAGGUGUGUAGUGCUAUCUUGGCGAAGAAUGCUCUUGUUUUCUUCAACUCCUCCUAUGCUGACCCAGAGGAGACCCAAGAGCUGCUUGUGCACACUGCCUGGACUGAACUGAAAAUGGUGAGUUCAUUCUGCCAACCGGCUGCUGAGUCUCUGCUGUGUAACUACAUCUUCCAGGAGUGCAAUCCCUCGGGAGCUGGGCCAGCUCCAAAACCAGUGUGCAGAGAGAAUUGCCUUGCUGUAAAGGAUCUCUACUGCUUUAAGGAAUGGCUCUCAAUGGAGGAGAACUCUCAGAAGGGGAUUUACAAGCCAGGGCUGAUGCUGCUCACUCUUCCUGAAUGCAACAGGCUGCCCAGCCUGCACCAGAAUCCCAGCUCCUGCACCCGAAUCCCUUUCUUUGAUUUUAAGAAGGAGAACAUAACCAGGACUUGCUACAGUGGCAAUGGCCAGUUUUACCAGGGCACGGUCAACAUCACAGCAUCUGGCAUUCCCUGCCAGAAGUGGAGUGACCAGGCUCCCCAUUUGCACAGGAGGACUCCUCAGGUUUUCCCUGAGUUGUCUGACGCUGAGAAUUACUGUCGCAAUCCGGGAGGUGAGAACGAGCGUCCCUGGUGCUACACAAAGGACCCUGCCGUGACCUGGGAAUACUGCAGUGUGUCUCCCUGUGGAGAUGCGUUAUUAACAUUAGGAACAAGAAAACCAAAUGGAGAGACUCUAAAUCUUCCCCCUCCUCCUCCGUUUUCCCCUACGUACUCCAUGAAUGUUAUCAUCUCGAUCGUCUCCAGCUUUGCUCUUGUUGUGAUCUUCAGCAUUGUCACUCUAUUUUGCUGCCGACAUCGAAAGCAGUGGAAAAACAAAAAAAGAGAGUCAGAGACACCAACUCUCACCACUCUGCCCUCUGAACUGCUCCUGGAUCGGCUGCACCCCAACCCCAUGUACCAGCGCAUGCCUCUUCUCCUUAAUCCAAAAUUGCUUAGCCUGGAGUAUCCCAGGAACAAUAUUGAAUAUGUGAGAGACAUUGGGGAAGGAGCAUUUGGGAGAGUCUUCCAAGCCAGGGCCCCAGGGCUGCUGCCAUAUGAGCCUUUCACCAUGGUGGCAGUGAAAAUGCUGAAGGAGGAAGCAUCUGCAGACAUGCAGGCCGACUUUCAGAGGGAAGCAGCUCUCAUGGCAGAGUUUGACAAUCCCAAUAUUGUCAAGCUUUUAGGUGUGUGUGCAGUUGGGAAGCCGAUGUGCCUGCUGUUCGAGUACAUGGCCUACGGAGAUCUGAACGAGUACCUGCGUGACCGCUCGCCCCGCAACCUCUGCAGCCUGGCGCAGGGCAGCCUGGACACGAGGACGCGCCUCCCGAACCCCCUGGCGCUGUGCUGCACCAGCCAGCUCUGCAUCGCCAAGCAGGUGGCCGCCGGCAUGGCCUAUCUCUCCGAGCGCAAGUUUGUCCACCGGGAUCUGGCCACCAGGAACUGCCUGGUGGGGGAGAACAUGGUGGUCAAAAUCGCCGAUUUCGGUCUCUCGAGGAACAUGUACUCGGCUGACUAUUACAAAGCGAACGAGAACGAUGCCAUCCCCAUCCGCUGGAUGCCCCCCGAGUCCAUCUUCUACAACCGCUACACCACCGAGUCUGAUGUGUGGGCCUACGGAGUGGUGCUGUGGGAGAUCUUCUCCUAUGGCAUGCAGCCCUACUACGGCAUGGCUCACGAGGAGGUCAUCUACUACGUGAGGGAUGGAAAUGUCCUCUCCUGCCCAGACAAUUGUCCCCUGGAGCUCUACAACCUGAUGCGGCUCUGCUGGAGCAAGCUGCCCGCCGACCGGCCAGGCUUCGCCAGCAUCCACCGCAUCUUGGAGCGCAUGUAUGAGAGGGCCGUGGCCAACAUGUCAGUCUGAAGGAUGUGCUUCCUUCCUUGUCUCCUGUGUCCUCCUAUCCAGAGUGACUUGGACCAGCCCGUGAGCUCCUGAGGGAUGGUGGCCUCACAAAAGGUCCCACUCAGGGGAGGAGAAAUAACUUAUUCCAUUACCAGGCAAGAAAUAUAGACUGCACCCCAGCCUGUACCUCCUCAACUGAGAGUGCACCUCCCAAACAACAGGGCUCACCUUUUAGCCACCAAGGCAGGACUCCUCAGGUCGGUGAGAGUGCUGGCCGUGCUAACUCAGUGCUUACAUUUAGCAUUUCCAGGAGUGCAGAGUUGCCCAGGGAAGUCAAACCAAUGUUUUUUCCUAACCAAUGUUUCUUCCUAACCAAUGUUUCUUCCCUUCCUAACAGGUUCCUCCACACCCCUCUGCAUUUACACUUUUGGCUUUUACCUUUUUGUCGCCUUCUUCUUAUGUUUUCAAGUAUUAUUUAAAAAAAGAAAAAAAAAGAUUGCAGAGUUCAAUCUUCUUUUGGGGAUACUACUGUUUAUUAUUUUAUUCUUGCAUACUGUUUACUAUUCUGUUUUAACAUACUCAGUUCUUUUUGCAGAAAAAGAUGUUUCCGAAGUCACAGGUCUCUUGCUUCUUCCAUUUAGCUUCCAAUUCUCUCAUGACAAUAACAGUGACAGUCAAAAUAGAAGCCUGCAGGACCACCGGCACCUGCACCUUAUGUUGCACAGACAGGAAAACUCCUGUCAAGCAUGACACUUUACAUUUUCAAAUGUGGGAAAUCCAGAGUGAGGUGCAUUUGAUGUUUGUUAAAGUCUCUCCUGAAAGCUUUCCUUAAGCAUUGCAACACAUCUUUCCUGCCUUCCCCUGAAGCAGCAAAGCCAUUGAUCCUAAGGGAGAAAUUAAUCCCAAAGGUCUGGUCCUGCACCUUGUAGGCAUCCAAGGUGUUUUUAUUUGCCACUGCAUGGUCCUCACCAUGCCAAAAGCAGGGAGAAAUGCAGCCUCUCUUGCAGAAAUGUAGCAGGUUAUAUUAAUUGUUUCUUCCCUUUUCCUUUAAAAUGAUUGCCUCYUGUUUCUGUUUGUCCUUUCCUGACAGUAUCUCCCAAGUCCCACAGCAAUAUUUACUGGCCACCUUUCCUUGUGCUACAAUUUACAGACACAGAAUCAGGGAAGGUGGAUGUUUGCUGUCAGGGGCCUUCAGAGAAAACCUGUCAGAUAGUAGAAGGAGGAGAAAGUGGGUGCACACAAGAAGUGCUGCAAACUGUCCGUCUGCAGGGCAGAGAUGAGACUGCCUCAGUCACACAGAGCCUGCAGCCCACCUCGAAACACCAAAUGUCUCUCUGCUAAAAGUUCUUCAAAUUGUAAUGGAUACUUCAGUGCCAGAGAAAAUUUUGUCUGGUGACAGCUGUAACCUUUCAGCUCCUUGCGGAGUGAGGAGCAGUUGUCCCAGAGCCUCACUGCUGAUACAAAAUACAUCAGGCAGGGAUGUGCAUUAUGACUGCAGAGUGGGAGUGUGAGUGAAUUAUUGAUCAGUGUGGCUUCUGUAAUUGGUACGCACUGAUUGAGCCUACCCAAAAAKAAAAAAAGCAGUGGAGAGCAGCUAUCUGUGAUUUCUAAAAGAAAAGUUGAGCUUGAAAAAAUCUGCCUACCAUUAUGAAGAACAAAACUGGAAAGAACAUACUUUCCUCUGCUGCUCUCCUAUUA